AUGUCCGAGCGAGACUCGUUUCUCCACCUGGCGCGCCCGCUUGGCCCAGCCCCCGUCGGUGCUCAACCCUCGACAGCCCCGCUGAACGUCGCCAUACAACCCCAGGCCGUCUUCUCAAUACUUGACCACUCACUCCGCCGCCCCGCCGACCAAGAACGUGUCAUUGGCACUCUCCUCGGCACCCGCAGCGAAGAUGGCACUGAAAUCGAGAUCCGCAACUGCUACGCCGUCCCCCACACGGAAACCGCCGAGCAGGUCGAGGUCGACAUGGACUACCAGAAGCAGAUGCUCGCCCUCCACCUGCGGGCAAAUCCUAGGGAGGUGCUGGUCGGCUGGUAUGCGACGAGCAGCGACUUGAACACCUUUUCCGCCCUCAUCCAGAACUUCUACAGCCAACAGGGCGAUGGGACCUGGCCCCACCCCGCUGUACAUCUUACCGUUUCCACAGUGCCUGGCCAGGACAUUGAGUCGCGGACAUACAUCUCGGCGCCAAUUGGCGUGACUGCUGAGCGUGCGGCCGACUCGUGCUUGUUCAUCCCAGUACCCCACGAGAUCAAGUAUGGCGAGGCCGAGAAGUCCGGACUGGAGCUUAUUUCAUCGGCAAAGGAUCGCGAGGACAGGUCACAGGAGAUCAUGACUGACCUCGACUCGUUGGAGCGCGCUGUCCAGCACGUUCUGGACAUGUUGGAGCGCGUCUCCAACUAUGUCAACAACGUGCUCGACGAGGAGGCAGAGCCAUCGUCGGCGCUCGGACAGUUCUUGAUGAACGCCCUUAGCCUGGCACCCAAGGUCGACCCGGCUGACAUUGAGCGUGACUUCAACAACCACAUCCAAGACGUCCUCGUUGUUUCCUACCUCGCCAACACCAUCCGCACACAGAUCGACCUCUCCAACCGUCUCGCAACCGCUGCUCUUACCAUGGGCGGCACUGAUGCUCUUGCUGGUGACGGACAAAAAGACGGAGGUGACAGGAAACAGGGCGGUGACCGGAGGAACAAGGGUAGGCAGCAGAGGACGCAAGAGGCAUGAGCGUCGCCCGAAUAAAGUUGCAUGUUUCUCAAGUCCGGGGUCCGCGUCGAGAACGAGAACGAGACGCAGCGCAAAUGCGAUCAAAGACGCCGCGUCCGGGGAAGGGCAGCGUUGUAGUGAGUGAUUCGGCAAGAAGUGGGGCGCUGAAAAAAGGGCCAUGAUCAUGAGGUAUGAUUUACUCAUGAGCCUGGCGUUACCGGACAUCUGUGAGGCCCUGUAUUACCAUAGCAGGCCCAAUAUUGCAUGCAUUAGACCCAGCUUCAAGAGGAGCAGGAAUUCAAAUAUUUCCAAACUU